AUGGAAAAACAAGAACAAGAACAAGAAGCAAACAAGAAGAUCUGCUAUGAUCUGAGAAGCACAGAGCCGAUUCCACAUGAUGUUAUCGAGGAGAUACUCAAAGUAUCGACAGUUGAAACCCUAGCGAGGUUUCGCUGCGUAUCGACGCAGUAUGCAUCCAUGAUUCGCAGCCGAGAGUUCAUAAAAUCGUAUUUGAUCAAGUCUUCUACUCGUCCUAAAAGCCUCAUAAUCUCAUUCAAGGAGUUUGAACCUUUGGGGUUCGGAAAGCCAUUCUUCUUCUCAGCCAGUCAACCUCAAAAUCAAGGUGAAUUAUCGUCAUCCUCUUCAGCAACUUACCUUUUGAGUUACCAACAUCUACUGCACACAACUUAUGCUGCUUCUGUUCAUGGUUUGAUAUGCCAUGGAAGUCCUUCUAUGAUUGAGAUAUAUAACCCUAGCACUAGAAAGUCCAUUACUUUGCCUAAGGUCGAUUAUGAGAGUUUCCCGUGUUACAGUUACUUGGGUUAUGAUCCCAUCGAUGGUGAUUACAAAGUGUUAUGUAGGGUGAAAGCAGGAUACUUUCAGGUUUUUACAGUGGGAAAAGAUAAAUCUUGGAGGAAGAUUGAAGAUUUUCCUCCCCACUUACUUUGUUCUCUUUAUUCUCCUGCUUUAUGUCACAAUGGUGUUUUGUAUUAUCUAGUUCAUCUCAACCCUAACAAGAUGAUUAUUGAAGCCAUCAUGAGUUUUGAUGUUACGUCAGAAAAAUUUGAGCACAUAAAACUACCAGAGUUACCACCAAACAUUGUCUCGUGUAAAAGGCUGACAACCUACGAGGGAAGGCUUGCAUUCUUUUACUCUGGAACGCAUGGUGAUUAUGGCAUCAGAUUGUGA